AUGAAUCAAUAUGUUGGAUCUAUAUGGACUGCGAUUCUGCUGUUUUAUUGUUGGACUUUAUCUUCCGGUCAGAUUGCAUAUUCCGUCUCGGAGGAAGUGAAUGUGGGAACCGUUGUCGGAAACAUAGCAAAAGAUCUUCACAUCAGUGUGCAGGAACUGGAGCCUCAUAUGUUUCAGAUUGUAUAUGUAACCAACAAAAGGUAUUUUGGGGUGAAUUUAAAGACUGGGAUUCUGUUUGUGAAUAAUCGAAUUGAUCGAGAAUCGCUCUGUUCGACUGAGCAGAAAUGCACAAUGCAUUUAGAAGCAAUGGCCCAUAAUCCAUUGAGCCUGUAUAGAAUAGAAAUAAAUAUAAUUGACAUAAACGAUAACGCGCCAUCAUUUCCGAUUAGCAGUCAGAUACUGAAUAUAACAGAAGUCUCCUCUCCUGGAGAGACAUUUUCUCUUCCUUUGGCUGAAGAUCCAGAUUCAGGCAACAAUGCGGUUACAACCUACAAGCUUAGUCCCAACGAGCACUUUUCUCUGGAUGUGCAGAACGUCGAACAAAGUGUCACUAUCGAACUGGUUCUGAUUAAAGCUUUAGAUCGAGAAAAACAGCCUGCCAUCCAUCUAACACUGACUGCUGUUGAUGGAGGGAAACCUGCAUUGUCUGGAACAUUAGAGAUAAUCAUCAAUGUUUUGGAUGUUAACGACAACUCUCCAGUUUUUAGCAAAUCUCUUUACAAAGUGAAAGUGAACGAAAAUAUUGCUCUGGGAUCCCAAAUCAUCUCCCUUUCCGCUUCUGAUUUAGAUGAGGGAAUAAAUAGUGAUAUAACAUUUUCUAUUGUUAAGCAAGGUACUAGCAAAGCAUCAGAUUUAUUUUCAAUUAACCCCGACAGCGGACUUAUAACAGUUAAAGGUAAUAUUGAUUAUGAAAAAAAUGCUGCUGUUGAAAUGAGGGUGGAAGCCAAAGAUAAAGGCCACCCUCCUAAGAGUUCCCAAUGUAAAGUUUUAGUUGAAGUUGUUGAUGUGAAUGACAACCCACCCGAGCUGAUGGUGACUUCUUUGGCUAGUACUAUUAAAGAGGAUUCAAAAGUCGGAACAGCUGUGGCUCUAAUUACAAUCUCUGAUAAAGACGGAGGUAAAAAUGGAGUAGUGCACUGCAACAUUGUAGGUCAGGUGCCGUUUAAGAUCGAGUCCUCGUAUAAAAACUACUACUCUUUAGUUGUAGAUGGAGCACUGGACAGAGAAGAAAUUGCGAAUUAUAAUAUCACAAUAAUAGCUUCAGAUGAAGGGACCCCUUCACUCUCUAGUACCAGUGUUAUCACAGUUCAUAUAUCUGACGUGAAUGACAACGCUCCACACUUUCCAGAAGCUGUGAUGAACGUAUAUUUAAAGGAAAACAGUCCAGCAGGUGUCAUUAUAGCGACAGUGACUGCUCAGGAUCCAGAUAUCAACCACAAUGCUCAUAUUUCGUAUACUAUAAUUAGCAGAGACAAAACUGUCAUUCCAUUGGUGUCUAUGAUUGACAUAAAUAGUGAGAGUGGAGACUUGUACAGUAAACAAUCAUUUAACUAUGAAAAUCUUAAAUCGUUUCAUUUUGAAGUUCAGGCCACAGAUUCAGGUGUCCCAUCACUAAACAGUAACUUAAUAGUAAAUGUUUUUAUAACUGAUGAGAAUGACAACAGUCCAGUUAUUUUACCAAUGCUGAAAAUGAUGAAUUAA